AUGGUUUUUUAGGACUGUUGGCACGGAGACCAGAGGCUGGCCGCAGUUCAACGCCCCAUCUACCACCCAGAUUUAGUCAAUUCAAGUCAAAACGUUUUUAUAGUUUCUUGUUUAGAAAGAGACUUAGUGCUUUACGUCUUGGUUGAAAAAUGUUUGGCAAGAUAUUUCUAUCGAGAUACUGAUUGUUCCUCUGUAGCUUAUCUUGUCACGACAUGAUUGCACGUUGGAAGGUCUCUCUGCAUUGCAUUCGAAGAAGCUAUGGAAAUGGAGAGCAAUGCACAAACCCACCUGUAUGCUCAAAACGGAACUCUGGAUUUCAAGGGCCAGCCCGCUCUGAAGAAGAAAACUGGAAAAUGGGCCGGAGCGAUCCCUAUGAUCUUCAUCCAAGUAGCUGCGACGGUCAUCUUCUUCGGCAUAAUCUCCAACCUGCUGACAUACUUGACGGGUGUUAUGCAUCGAGAUGUUUCUCAAUCCGCAAGUGACGCUAACAAUUUGCAAGGCACUUACUUUCUCUCCUCAGUUCUUGGGGCUUUUCUCUCCGACACAUAUUGGGGCCGCUACAGGACGCUGCUGUACUCUUUCGUGCUCUACGGCGUGGGAUUGACAUGCCUCACCAUCUCCGCAUCCCUCAAGAACUUGCGGCCUCCAAGCUGCCCGGCUCAAAGCCCCACAUGCCAGCAAGCAUCGCCCGGACAGAAUGCUUUCCUCUUCCUCUCGCUCUAUGCAAUAGCCUUCGCAGGUGGAAGCGCUACCACCUCAUUCGUGUCCUUCGGAGCCGACCAGUUUGACGAGUCUGACAACGUCGAGCGGCUGCAAAAGUUCUCCUUUUUCAACUUCAUCGUCUGGGGCAUCCACAUCGGAGGCUUGGUAUCCGUCACCAUGCUCGUCUACAUUGAAGAUCACGUCGGUUUCUCGUGGGGAUUCGGCCUUCUCGGCAUUAUCCUUGCGGUAUCCAUAGCUCUCUUCCUCAUCCAGACCCCAAGAUACCGGUACCGUAGGCCCGAAGGAAGCCCCCUUACGAAAAUGGUGCAAGUCAUAGUGGCAGCUUUCCGCAAGCGUAACGUCGUCGCACCAUCCCUGGAGCUCCACGAAGAACAGUCGAUUGCCAAAGGCAAAAGACACAUUCCACACACCAACCAGUUCCGGUUUCUUGACAAGGCAACGCUGAAGCUCGAUACCGACAUGGAGAUGGAGUCUUCCACGACGAAAACCAGCCCCUGGAAGCUUUCCACCGUGACCCGAGUCGAGGAAGUCAAGCUCGUCAUACGAAUGCUCCCAAUCUGGCUGGCAACGCUCUGGUUUAGCAUUGCUCCAUCUCAGUCCGGCACCUUCUUCCUCCGCCAAGGAAUGGCUAUGGACAACCGGCUUGGAAGCACCACCUUUAAAAUCCCGCCAGCGUCAAUGCUUCUCUUCAGCAACCUCACCGUGGUCCUCUUCCUCCCACUCUACGACCGUAUCAUCGUCCCAACCAUAAGAAAGUUCUCCGGGAACGAGCGCGGCAUCACCUUGCUCCAGAGAAGCGGGCUGGGAAUCUUCAUCGCCGCCAUCGGCCUGGGCAUCGCAGCGCUGAUGGAAAUCAAGAGAAAAGCCUGGAUGAAUCCCACCACCAGCGUCACGAUCUUCUGGCUGGUGCCGCAGUACGUGGUGCUGGGCAUAGCGGAGGGCCUCACAAACUCAAGCCUGCUGGAAUUCUUCCACGAGCAAUCGCCCGACACCUUCCACAGCCUGGGCACGUCCCUGGCGCUCGCGAAUCUGGGCGUGGGGAGCUUCUUGAGCAGCGUCCUCGUUACCUGCGUCAAUCGCGGGGCGCCGUCGUGGCUCCAGAACGAUGUGAAUGCCGGGCAUCUGGAGCGCUACUACUGGCUGAUCGCGGGGCUGAGCCUCGUGAAUCUGGGGAUCUAUGUGCCGGUCGCGCGCUGGUACUCGUACAAGAGCCCUGAUCCCUACGCCGAGACAUUCUAAGAACCCUAAACUGCCGGUCAUCCUAAUUUCUUUUUACCUUUAAAUCUCUUACGUAGAAUUGUUUUUCUCUCACAGAUAACUGUACAAAUAGAAUGGAGAGUAAAUCAUUUUAAUAUAAUUUUAAUAGUGGUUUUAA